AGUUAAACUUUAUCAUAGGUAUGUACGUGUAGAAAAAAACAUAGUAUAAACCUUCAGAUUAGGAUUCAGUACUAUCUGCUGUUUCAGCAUCAACUGGGAGUCUUGGAACAUAUUCUGGUGGAUAAUGGGGGUGGGGGAAACCUACUGUAUCCAUCUGAUACACUGCCUGCAAUGAUUUUUAGUAAGAAACUCUUCAUGCCUUUAAAGAACUCCUAGACAAGAAUUAAAUACUAUAGGAUUUAGAUGAAGAAAUGACCAUAUCAUAUGAAAACUGGAUUUCAUUUUGGGGGAGAUCAGAAAAUGCUUAGAAAAGAUAACAUUUGGGGCCAGCAUUGUGGUGCAGCAGGUUAAGCUACCACCUGCAAGACCGGCAUUCCAAAGGAACACUGGUUUGAAUCCUGACUGCUCCACUUCCCAUCCAGCUCCCUGCUAAUGAGCCAGGGAAAGCAACAGAAGAUACCCUAAGUGCUUGGGGGCCCUGCACCGAUGUAGGAGACCCAGAUAGAGUUCCAGACUCCUGGCUUCGGUCUGACUCAGCCCCAACAGUUGUAGCCAUUUAGUGAGUAAACCGGUGGAUUGAAGAUUCUCUCUCUCCUUCUCACUCUCCUUCUCCCUCUCCCUUUCUAUAACUCUUUCAAAUAAAUAAACCUUUUGUUAAAAAAAAAGGUGGUAUUAGGGGGAUGGUACUAUUUCUGUAGCUUAUCAUGGUAGAGAAAGUAUGUUCUAAGAUGAUGGUGUAAGUAAACAUUGUGUAGAUGACAGUGCUGGGCACAUUUCAGAAACAGCAAGAAUCUCAAGAGUUGCUGGAUCGUGGAACAGUUGCAGGGGAUAAAGGGAGCUGAAAGCUAACAUGGGCCCAUGCGUUGGAGGACCAAAUGCCAGGGAGAGGAGUUGAUAAUUAAUGUGGUGGGCAGUGGGAAUUUGCUGCGAUUUUCCACAAGAGAAAGAAAUGUUUGUAGCUGUCUUUUUAGAGGGGUUGCUCUGGUGUGCUGCGGAGGGUGAAUUCGGGAGAUUAAAGGCUGUUUUGUGGAAGGGCAAGUAGAUGGGAAAGGGAAACCUGCAGCAUACAUAAAGAUUAGAGACUGUGGAGUUAGGGCAGGACAAGCAACAUGGAAUAGUCCCUGAGCUUCCUGGACAGGGUAACUAAGAAUCCAUGCAUUGUAGACAGAGAUGCUUAGGAGGGAAAUUAAUUUGAAAGGGGAUUAAUUGUGAUCCCUUGACCUGGAAGUAUCUUCCUUUCUCCAGCCUAUAUACAUUAAAAUCUCACAAAGGUGAUGGACAACUGGAUCAUGUGGUUUUACAGUCUACAACAUUACUAAUCUGUUCAAUUAAGGGAAAUAGUUUAUCUUAUAUUAUUCUGUAGCUGCUCUGAGUGUGAUAGUCUUGUUUCGUUGGAUUGUGUAAAGUCAGGGAGUUCUUCAGUAUUCUCUAAAGCAGUUCUUUUUUUUUUUUUUUAAGAUUUAUUUAUUUAUUUGAAAGUCAGAGUUACACAGAGAGAGAGAAGGAGAGGCAGAGAGAGAGAGAGGUCUUCCAUCUGAUGGUUCACUCCCCAGUUGGCUGCAACGACCCAAGCUGCACUGAUCUGAAGCUAGGAACCAGGAGCUUCUUCUGGGUUUCCCAUAAGGGGGCAGGGGCCCAAGGACCUGGGCCAUCCUCUACUGCAUUCCCAGACCGUAGCAGAGAGCUGGAUUGGAAGUGGAGCAGCCAGGUCUUGAACCGGGGCCCAUAUGGAAUGCUAGUGCUUCAGGCCAGAGCAUUAACCCAUUGCACCACAGUGCCGGCCCAAUCUAAAGCAGUUCUUAAAAGAUCAGAGAAAAAGAAACUUGAAGACACUCUCCUGAAAAUGUCUUUGAUCAUUUUUUGGGGGGGUGGGUAGAAGCAGAUCAUAAUUCUUUGUAGAAAUAUAUAUAUAACUGACAACUUCAUCAAGUUCUGAUUCACAAUCUAUAGCAGAGUAAAGAGAAGAUGUCAAGAAUGUAGGAGAAACCAAAGAUGCUAACUAACACAUAUAGGGAAAAUCUAGCGGAAAAAAUAAAUCUAGCUGACGUCAGACAAAGAAGUGAAACUGGAUUUUCAGUAUUGGUUCACCUGAUCUGAAAUAAACAAACAGAACUUAGCAGCUUAGUUACAAGAAAGAGAUGUCAUUUGAAAGAGCCCUAAAUGAUUUCAGCACAAUUUAGUUAUUGACAGAGUGAGAACACCAUGAGAAAAUUAGUGUGUAUUACCGGCUUGCCUAUAAGACUGUCUUUUUUCCCAUUCUUUAGGGUACAGAAAAAGGUCAUGCUAGGACUAGAAAAUUUGCCAAGUGCACUGGCAUCUAGGGAAUUUACUCUGCCUAUUUUGCCAAGGUCAUGUGGGUAAGGGCUAUGAUAGUAAUAACAGUAACUUUAUUCAGUAGCACAGUUUUCUUUUAACAUUUUUAUUUCUAAAAUUAAAUAAUUUGUGAUGUAUCUUUGUGAUAACGUGUGAAGUUGGAAAGGGAACAUGAUUACUUAUAUAGCUAUAAUCUCUUUCUAAUAUUUGGGAAAAAUAAAAUAAUUCUAUCCCAUCAAUGAAUUGACCUGUCUUUCAAAAUAUGAACAGUUGGGAGAUGCUUUAAUUCUGUCUGGCAUAUCACAUUCAUUCAGCUAAUGCAAUGAUUUUAUUUUGGAUAGUCUAUAUUCCCUUUACUUUUAAAUGUGUUUGAUCAACCCCAGGUUUAAAUAUACCCCAUCAAGCUUUGGUUUCUAUUUAUGGUAAUGAAGAUCAAUAUGGAGAGUUUAGAAAUGAAAUGCGAAAGACAGAACACUGGAGAAAUGCCACCUAAAUCUAUGCAUCUCUAAAUGAAGUCAUGUGGCACAUGGGAGGAAUAUAAACUGAAAUAGUGGCAAAAUUAUGCAAAGCAAAAAGUUUAAGGAAAUUCAUAAAAUUUACAAGAUAUGAGCAAAGACAAAUCAUUCUGUUAACUAUGGUAGAAUAAGCAAACCGGCAGUCCUCUCCAUAAUUCUACUGUGAUGCUUUCCAAAAUACUAGUAAGGUUCCCUUUUUCUAAUUAACUAUGUACUAGAAAUCCACCGUACUGUGACUCACAUGAUUGUGUGGAAUAGUAGAAAAGGCAUUAUGGACUUCAGUUUAACAAAGCUUAAAUAUUAUGCUCAUCAUACACAAGUUUUAAAAUCUUGCUCUCUUGCAAUUCUAUAAUUUACUAAUGUGUUGUCUCUAGAAAUGUAGGGGGUUAGAGAUGUGUAGGUGGAGCCCUGUGUGUGUUUCUGGGUCAAGAUUUUUUCUUUUGCUAACUCUGUGCUGGCUUUCCUAUUCCUUAGUUAGUGAACUCUAAGCAAUGAUAGCCAGGCACACUUUGACAUUAUUACUGGAAGCAGAGUCUGGUCCCCAUAGGAAGGCUAAUGGCAAUCAUCCUGGUUGUUUAUUUGUACUGAGAACCUACUAUAUGGAAAGUGCUUUGCAUGUGUGAACUUAUUUAAUUCUCACAACUCUGUUUGACCUAUGAAGAAACUGAGGUACAGAUAAGUUAAAUAAUAUUUUGAAGCUCACCCAGCCAGGACGUGACGGAUCUGGGAUUUGAACACAGAUCUAGGUUCCAAGCCCUAAACCUCACGAUACUAUGGUGCCUCACAUGUCGUCGUUAUUUUGUUUUAUUGCUGAUGACAUCUCCAGUACUCUUUGGUAUUCUGAUCAUGGUAUCUGUCUAUCUCUUUGGACUUUUCUUUUUUCCUGUUAUGCACCAACAGGACUCAAUCUGGUUUGCAGAAUAUAGUGCCCUUAAUGAAUCAUCAAGACGUCUAUGGACAUUUUGGGGGAUUUUGUGUGUGUGGGUCUCAUUUUAUUUUUUUGACUCAAUCCACCUAAAUGAAUAGAUAGUUAGGGCAUUUGACGUCUGCAUACAGUUAAACAAGUCCUAGUGCUUAGCUACAUUCACUAGAGGAAAAGAAACACACUGACCACAUUGUUAAACACAUUGUCUCUGUAAGUAAGAACAACUUCUCUCUGAACUUGCUUGCUGUCUAUUAGUUUGAAGUUAGGAAGAUUUACCCGUGUUUUAUUCCUCCAGGGUACAAAUAUUGUGCAAUUCAAGAAUAAUGAAAGAAUUGUGUCAAAUGAGGGGAAGCUCAGGGAAUUAUAGGGCAACCAAAUCCACAUGGCCAAAUCAAAGCCACGGUACUGAUAAUACACAUGCACUUAAUAUCCACUGUUUAAUUGACAUGCUUUCAGGGGCAGCAAUGACAUGUCACAGUCCCAUUGUGUCACUGUAAGGGGGAAAGCAUGCACACAUGUGUUAAAAACUUGAUGAACUCCUAACUCAGCAGUGGAACAAUUACUUCACAGAUUGGAUUAUUCUGAAGAGAACCAACAGCCCCAUUCAGCCAAUGUAUUUUGAGCUCUUCUGUGUGCUGGGCUCUCUGCGAGGUGCUAGGGACACAGAAGUGAAGAAAACACUAUCUUUGUUCUCAAAGGGAGUCUAAUGCACGGGUCUCUUCUCUGUUACAAUACUUUAUCUCUAAGUCUUGUGUGACGGUGUGGCCACAUCGUGAUCUAGAUGAAGAGCUUCCAAAUGGCCCCCUCUGCUAAAGUCAAAGUGUCUUGGUGAAAUCACAUUGUCUUCUAUUCUGAAAUCCAAGUUUACUGGAUUUCAAUGUCAAGUUUACUGUUUUGCUCUCCUUGAUAAAAUAUAGUAUAUGAACUAGUUGCUGGGUUACCACAUAAAAUACUGGCCCCAGCUGCAGCUGGGAAGAGCAGUUAGCAAUUAAGUAAAGGAAAUGACUAGUGGGUUUGAAACCCAACACAUGGCCCAUAUACUUCUUAGCAAGGCAAGCAUCUAAGUUACUGAGGCAACUUUUAUCACUAAGGAAGUAGUUUUGGUGACUCAUGUUCACACAAAAUGACUUACUUUAGAAUCUGGACAUUCAGUAACCUUAUCAUUAUGCUUUCUUUUCUUUGGACUAAACCAGAUAAAUUCAUUUGGAAGACAUUGGCUUAUUAUUUAGCAGCAUAUCAUUCAUUGGCUGCCUCAUAGUUUGAAAUUUACUGGACUUGUGGCUGACCAGAGUAAAAGGUGACACGGACCUAACUGAACCAUCAUUGUCUCUCAGAGUGCAAAUUAGCAGGAAGCUGGAAUUGGAAUGGAGCCAAGGACUUGAACUCAGAAAGCUGUGUUCCUGCUCAAGUGGUGGCUGCAAUUGAUGUAAACACGGUCGCUAAUGAAGUAUAUGAGUAUAAUUUUCCUCACACACUAUUACUAGCCAAGACCAUUGAAGGCAUUACACUAGAAGAAUUUGACAAGUUAUCUUUCAAUAUGAUUUUAAUGAGCCCUCCAUGUCAGCCAUUCACAAGAAUUGGCCUGCAGGGUGAUAUGACUGAUCCAAGGACCAAUAGCUUCUUAUAUAUUCUAGAUAUUCUUCCCAGAUUACAAAAAUUACCAAAGUAUAUUCUUUUAGAGAAUGUUAAAGGUUUUGAAGUAUCUUCUACAAGAGAUUUAUUGAUACAAACAAUGGAAAAUUGUGGCUUUCAGUACCAAGAAUUUUUAUUGUCUCCAACCUCUCUUGGCAUUCCAAAUGCAAGGCUAAGGUAUUUUCUUGUUGCAAAACGUCAGUCUGAGCCAUUACCUUUUCAGGCUCCUGGUCAGGUACUGAUGGAGUUCCCCAAAAUUCAAUCUGAAUAUCCACAAAAAUAUGCAAUAGAUACAAAACAGAAAAGUGAAGAAAAGGAAAUCCAACCAAAUAUUUGUUUUGAUGGGAGCACACUGUGUUCUGCAAAAGAUACUGUUCUUUUUAAGCUUGAAACUGCAGAAGAAAUUGAAAGGAAACGACAACAGGACAAUGAUACAUCUGUGCAAAUGCUGAAAGAUUUUCUUGAAGAUGACAUUGACAUGAACCAAUAUUUUUUGCCACCAAAGUCAUUGCUGCGAUAUGCUCUUUUAUUAGAUAUUGUUAGGCCCACGUGUAGAAGGUCCACUUGCUUUACCAAAGGCUAUGGAAGCUAUAUUGAAGGGACAGGAUCGGUGUUACAGACCACAGAAGAUGUGCAGAUUGAGAAUAUCUACAAAUCUCUUCCCAAUUUGCCACAAGAAGAAAAGAUAACGGCACUGUCAAUGCUUAAACUGCGGUAUUUCACUCCUAGAGAAAUAGCAAAUCUCCUUGGAUUUCCUCCAGAGUUCGGAUUUCCUGAGAAGAUAACAUUGAAGCAGCGUUAUCGUCUACUUGGAAAUAGUCUCAAUGUGCAUGUAGUAUCUAAACUAAUCAAAAUGCUGUGUGAAUGAUUUUGAAAUAAUUCUGAAAGAUAGUCAUGGUAUCCAUGCAGGUAGAGAUAAUGAUUCUAAAAUUCUGCUUUAAAAUAAUUCUGAUGAAGUUCAACUUAAUUAUUUUAAGUUUUAUUUAAUAUGAAUUUUUGGAAUGUCACAAAAAUAUGCUUGUUUUCUUGAAUUUAUACUAUUGUAUUUUUUGAAGUGCAAAUUGCUGUUGUGCUUUAUGGAAAGUAUAUUUUCAUAUGAAACUAUUAGAUACAUGUGUGAAAUACUAUCUUUAGAAUAUUGUUUAAACAAAUUUAGGAACAUUAGAGUUUUAAUGUAUAUAUGAAUAUUUUAUAAAGUGUCAUAACAGGCAUAAUGUAAUGAAACUGAGAAAUUGUUUUUAUAUAUUAAUUAAUGAAGUUUUUAUGAAUCUUAUAAUCGUAUUUUUGUUAAUUACUCCUCAUUCUAAAAUGAUGAAUCUAAUUGUAGCCUGUUUCAAAAAUUGAAUGUAUUACUUAAUUUUUCAGUCCUUUAGGUGUUCCUUUUUUACAUCUAAACAAACACAUACAAUUUUUAAAGCAAGUUCUUAUCAUUCAGUUUAUACAAUAAUCUGAAGAAUAUGUCAGAAAAACAACUUUAAAUUCUUGAUCACUUCUUCAUCAGGAGACAAUAGAAAAUGUAGGUGCACAUUAUCUAAUUAUGUUUUCUUCAACCUCUACCUGAAGGGUAAGUUGUCCCCUCUUCAUUUAUACAUACUUGUCUGUAGUUUGCUAUUAUCAGAACUUGUUUUAUCUUCCUUCUCAGCUUCUGAGUUGAGUUUACUCUCAUACCAUUAGCAUUCUAAGUGAGGGAGUGGUCAUUUGGAACAGCAAUUAAAGGAGCCAUGUAGGAUACCCACAUCCUGCUUUGGAGUGCCUGAGUUGGAAUCCUGGCUCUGCUUCUGAGUCUAGCUUUUUAAUAAAGCUUACUUUGGAAGGCAGCAAGUGAUGGCUCAAGUAAUUGGGUACCUGCUACCCAUGUGGGUGACAUGGAUCGAGUUCCCAGCCCUUGGUUUUGGCCUGGCCCAGCCCCAGUUGUUUGCAAUAUUUGGGGAUAAGGAGUAUUUCUCUCUCUCUCUUUAAAUUAAUAAAUAAACAAAAAAAUUUUAAAAAUUGAGGGAAGAAAUUACUUUUUUCCUUCAUUCUAUAUGAUGUUUUUUUCCCUCAGAUUUUUUUAAAUCAUAACAUACACUCUGAUUUAGCUUUUUUUAUAACUGGUAACUUUCUCUGUUUCUCCUUGUCAGUGGACUUUUGAAAUUAGCCUUUCUACCAAAAAAAAAAAAGGGGGGGGACCUAAAUGAAA